AUGCCCGUCGUGAAAGGAGGGGUGUGGACGAACAUCGAGGACGAGAUCCUCAAAGCCUCCGUCUCGAAGUACGGUCUCAACCAAUGGGCUCGAGUCUCGUCCCUCCUCGCGCGGAAGACACCCAAGCAAUGCAAAGCACGAUGGAGCGAGUGGCUGGAUCCCGGCAUCCGCAAGAUCGAAUGGAGCAAGGAGGAGGACGAGAAGCUGCUGCAUCUGGCGAAGCUGAUGCCGACGCAGUGGCGCACGAUCGCCCCCUUGGUCGGGAGAACCGCGACGCAGUGCCUGGAGAGGUACCAGCGGCUGCUGGACGAGGCUGAGCAGAAGGAGGCCGGAGAGCUUGGGCUGGGAGGGCCUGAUGGCGGGGAGACGAAGGCGCCUUCUGCGGAUGAUGUGAGGAGGUUGAGGCCUGGAGAGGUGGACCCGGAUCCCGAAUCGAAACCUGCCAGACCGGACACGAUCGACCUGGAUGAGGACGAGAAGGAGAUGCUGAGCGAGGCGCGAGCGCGUCUGGCAAACACGCAAGGAAAGAAGGCAAAGCGCAAGGCGCGAGAGAGGCAGUUGGAGGAAUCGAGGAGACUGGCUGUGUUGCAGAAGAGGAGAGAGUUGAAGACUGCGGGGAUCAACAUCAAGGCCAGUUUUCGCAAAAAGGGCAUGAUGGACUACAAUGCCGACAUUCCAUUUGAGAAGGCGCCUGCGCCGGGUUUCUACGAGACGGGGGAGGAGCAGGCCAUGAAUGAGAAGGAGAGGGAGGCGUUCGACCCAAGAAAGCAGCAACUUGCGAUCAAGCGAAAGGGGGACCAGGAGCAAGAUCCGGACCGGAAGCGGAGGAAGGGCGAGAAGGAGGCACCUUCGGCAUCAUACCAGGCUGCGAUGAAGGCUGGUCAAAUGCAGAAGAUUCGGGAGGCGGAACAGAGCAGCAAGAGGAGAGCUUUGGUGUUACCAUCACCGCAGGUUGGCGAAGGAGAGUUGGAGGAGAUUGUAAAGAUGGGAAUGAUUGGGGAAAGAGCCAAUAUCGCGGCGAGAUCCAGUGAGAAUGAUGCCACGCGAGGACUGGUCAACACGUACUCAACCGUCAACAGCGGAGCGCCUAUUCGAACACCCAGAGCACCGGCUCAAGAGGACCAUAUCGCAAAUGAGAUCAGGAAUAUCAGAGCUCUGACAGAGACGCAGUCCUCCUUGCUGGGUGGUGAGAACACCCCUUUACACGAGGGAGCUGGAAGCACUGGGUUUGAAGGCGUUACACCUCGACGGCAAACGAUGGCGACACCGAAUCCAAUGGCCACACCAUUCAGACAAGCCUCUAAUGGUAUUGGUCAGACCCCAAUGGGUCCACCUGCAAUUCCAGGGCAAACACCAAUGCGAACUCCGCGGGACACGUUUGCACUCAAUGCGGACGGGGAGAUGCAAUUGGUCGGUGGUACGCCUAGAGACGUCAAGCUACGAGAGAUGUCCCUCAAGCACAAACUCAAGCAAGGUCUCGCAUCUUUACCUAAACCCAAGGAUGUCGAGUGGGAGCUUGAACUACCCGAGGAACAACAAGAACUUCUGGGCACUGAAGAACUCUCCGAAGAAGAUGCAGCGAUCCGAGAUGAUAGAAAUCGACGGAUCCGGGAAGCACAAGAGGCUGUAGAUUUUAAACGACGGACUCAGGUUAUGCAAAGGGGUCUCCCUCGCAGUACCACUGUUGAUAUCAAUGCCCAGCUCCUGAACGCUUCGCAAGUAUCGAAUCCUGUUUUGGCAGCUAUCGCCAGAGAAGCUGCUUUGCUCCAGGCUGCCGAUGCCAUCAACUAUCCUAUUCCUGGCUCCAAGGUCAACGGGACUCCGGCUCCGCUGGCUGUAAUCGAUGAUGACGAUCUUGCCCGCGCACGACUACUAAUCACCAGAGAGGUGCCGGAAGAAGCUGCCAUGCUCGGAUCUGAGGAGUUCAAGCAAGCAUGGAGUGAAGCCAAGACCCACUCUUUGCUGCCUGGCAUUAGUGGAUACGAGGAAGAAGUUGAUGAGCACCAGAUGCUCGUGCAAGCAUUCAACAAUGUCCAAGAAUCCAUCGUAGCGGCGGCCGAGAAAGGCAACAAGCUCCAGAAAAAGCUUAACCUCCAUCUCGGUGGCUACGCAAAGCGCGCGACAAUGCUCCGUCAAAAGAUUCACGAGGCGUCGGAAGCUCUCGAAAAGGCGACCCAAUCCCUCGAUUCCUUUAGAACGUUGCAGAUCUCGGAAGAAGCUGCAAUCUCACGCAGACUGGAGUCUUUGAGAAGCGAGCUUCCCCAGAUUGCUACCAUGAGCGAGUUCACGCCCGAUCCCGAGUCUCUCAUUCCGUUGUUCAAGCUUGACAGCGUCCUCAAACAAGACGAAGCCGGCCGGCGCAGCGUCCUCCUCGGGCACAUCAACAGCCAGCGCGCCCUCUUGAUCCUCGAGCGCGCCCCCUUUCCCGACUCCCCAGCCUACCUCUCCCAGCUCCCCAGCACGCUGCAGACGCUCCGGAACCUCGGCGCCAACGACGUCUACUUCUGGUACCUCGCGACCGCGACCCCGUACCCCGCCGCUGGCGCGGGAGAGAAAGCCGAGGACUUUGCGGAUCUGAAGAUCAACCUGAUCUAUCCGUGCACGGAGCAGCACGUCAGGAAGUACAGCAAGCAGGGGGUGCGGAUGGUGGUCGAGACGGCGCAGGUGUACCGCGAGAGGGUCCGGCCGUACAUGUUGGCGAAACGGGAGGAGGGUCGGCUGAACUGGGUGUACAACAUUAUUGAGGGGAAGACGGAAGUGGAGGAUGUUAUCUUCCGGACGCCGCUGGGACAGGCUGGCGACGAGGGGUUCUUGCUGCUACCAGACUUGAACUGGGACCGGAAGACGAUGGAGGGGCUGCAUCUACUUGUGUUGGUGGAGAGGAGGGAUAUUUGGAGUUUAAGGGAUUUGAAGAAGAGGCAUUUGCCGUGGUUGAGGCACAUGAGGGAGAGGCUGGUGGAGGCUACGGUUGGGAUGUAUGGGGAGAAGGGUGUGGAAGGUGAUCUGCUGAAGCUGUAUGUGCACUACCAGCCCACCUACUACCAUUUCCACAUCCACAUUGUGCACGUCGCACUCGAGGCGGGGGCAACGCAGGCAGUUGGCAAAGCCAUCGGAUUGGAGAGCCUCAUCUCGCAGCUAGAAACCAUGGGAGGCGAUGACGAGCGUGGUAUGGACGAAGUCGAAUUAACCUACAGAAUUGGGGAUGCUACUGAGCUAUGGACGGAAGUGUUUGCGCCACUGAAGUUGGAGAAGCAGAAGAGCGAUACAGCUUUUCGACCGCAAGAACCAAAUCAUUGA